AUGGCAGACCUCUAUCGGAACGAGAAAGGGGAAAAUGAACAUUCGAAGGCAUGUCUGCAGCGUUUCAUUGACCUCGUGCAUCAAAUCCACGGUGUCGACCCGGUCACCGCGGCCAAUCUCUUCGUCAAAAGCUUGCAGGUGGGAUCUCUCUUGCACGAAAAUCUCACCAUGACACCACCUUAUGACAUGGCAGAGAUUCAGAUCCGAGCUGAGGGCGUCUUCAAAGUCCUAGAAUUUCGAGAGCGUGCACAGAAGAAGUCUGCAUUUAUCUCCGCUCCACCAGCAAAUAACCCUCCACCACCUGCUAGGGAUGACAAGAGGAAGAGGCAACAUACAGACCACCCAAAAGAAGGAAAGAGGCCAAGACAGAAUCGAGACUCACCACGGUACCUUUCCUUCGAAUACACCGUCCCACAGGAAGUCAUUUACGAAGAGAAUAAAGACAGACCAAUCUGGCAAGAGCCGUAUAAGAUUACCACUCCACCAAACAGGAGGGAUAAAAAUAGAUAUUGCCUCUUCCACAAAGAUCACGGUCAUACCAUCGCUGAGUGUCACAACCUGAACAAUCAGAUCCAGGCCCUCAUAAGAAAUGGGAGGCUAACCCAAUACAUUAAGGAGGCAGGUAGACCUAGCACCUCGCAGCAUAUUCCUGCUUCUGCCCCAACACCACAAGCAGCAGCAGACCCCUUGCGCACAGCCUCUGCAAGCCCACAAGAACCUCUUAAGCAAGUCCCCAUGAUACAUGGGAUCGUGGAGCUCACUGAAAACCAAGAGCACGCCACCAAAAUCCGUAAAAGGAUGGAGGAACGGGUCGACCAUUGCCAGUUGGGCAGAGUUCUAGUCGACGGGGGCAGUGGGGUUGACAUCCUCUUCUGGGAAGCCUUCCAGAAGAUGGGGCUAGAGGAAAAUCAGAUCCAGACCUCCACUACGCCCGUCUUGGGAUUUAACAGCCAGAGAGUAUACCCGAAGGGCAUCGUGCGAUUAACCGUGGUGGCCGCGGAGCGUACCCUACCAGUAGACUUCCUGAUUAUAGAUUCUAUCACAAGCUACAACGCCAUCAUGGGGAGAAAUUGGAUCCACAGGAUGCAAGGGGUAGUCUCAACUUUGCAUCAGGUGAUGCGAUGCCUCUCGUCCAACGGGCACUACACCAUCGACAUCAAAGGAUGUCAGAAGCAGGCCAAGAAGUGCUUCCUUACCUUGAAAGAAAUAAACAAUUCUGGCACUUCCUCCCAUGAUGACAAUCCUGACAAAUAG